AUGCCUUCCACCAGCCAGAUCGUCUCCGCCCUCGCCGUCACGGCCGUCGCCGGCGUCCAGGCCGCCAUGGGCCCCGCCUUCAGCACCGGCCCCGUCGCCUCCGACUCCUGGAUCCGCGAGGCCACCUCCACCCUCGUCCUCCCCGCGGCGCCCGCCAACAACAAGGGCGACGCCUCCCUCUGGGUCGGCAUGGGCACCUCCAACGGCGACCUGAUCCAGUCCAUCGCCGAGAACUACAACUCCAACGAGUGGUCCAUCUACGCCUACACCCUCACCAAGACCGGCGACAACUCCCAGAUGCCCGUCCAGACCGAGGGCUCCCCCGCCGCCGAGGGCGACAAGAUCACCAUGCACUACAAGUUCGACGACGCCUCGGGCAACUACACCCAGACCGUCUCCCUCAACGGCAAGGCCGUGCACACGCUCUCGACCUCGGACGGCCACGCCCAGGGCUGGGGCUCCUCCGUCGAGUGCGCCGCCGAGGACUGCGGCACCGUCGGCGCCCACUCCUGGAUCAACACCAAGAUCAUCCUCGACAAGGCCGACCCCAACUACAAGAACACCAUGGGCAAGGGCCAGGGCGUCACCGGCGACAUGUCCACCAGCGACGGCGGCAAGACCUGGACCGUCACCACCAUUGAGAUCCCCGAGUUCACCUUCGGCCAGUAA